AUGGCAGUCACCGCCAGACGCGUUUCUUACAUCCUCCCUUCCCCUUCAGAACCCCCACCUCUUCUCUCCCUCCCCCCCAUAGGCGAACCCCGUAAAGGUCGGACCGCUCCACUCCUACGACCCAAAGACGCUUCAUCAGCAACCACUCCCACUUUCCAAUCUCGCAACCCUUUCCUUACACCAUCUCAGUCUUCUCACCCUCGGCACUGCCUCGGAGUCACCGCCCUGGCUCUAGACACGUCAACCUUACUUGCCAAUCACACAUCACCUCAGGGUAUACUAUACACAGGUGGGAGAGAUGGACUGGUCGCAAGUUGGGAGCUGGGCAUACAUCAUAAACGCAGAAAAGGUGGACGAUAUGACUUGCCUCCAGGUGGAAAUAGGGUCAAGUGGGAGAAGAUUGGUGAUUCCGCUGAACUGUGGGUAGGGGAUGCAGAAGAGGAUGAAUUUGAAGAUUCGGAAGAAGAAGCCAGUAGUGAAGAUGAAGAGCUGGAAGGAUGGGUGGGUGUGAAUGGAAAGAAAGCGAGAGAAGUGCCGUACGAGGAGAGAUGGGAGGUGGAUAGGGAUCAUCUUGCGGCCAACAAGCCCCCACCCACGAAAUUCCGGCAGUCCGCUCAGACUCAUACCGAUUGGGUCAGCGCCAUGCUGCUUUGCAAUCUGAACCAAACCGUCAUCACCGCUUCAUCCGACCGGACUAUCAGAGCGUGGUCCCCACACUCGCCCACUGAAUCUGGAUCGCCUUCUUUGGUGGGUCGACAUCGUGACUACGUCCGUACGUUAGCUUGGGCUAGUCAACCGGGGCUCUUGUUCUCAGGAGCCUUGGACAGGACUGUAGGGAUUUGGGACGUGGGCAAAGGUCAGGUAGAUGCACCGGUGCUCAGCAUUGAUCUCACCAAGCUGGACGAGUUUGAGGGGAUUGGAGCGGAUGGGGAUAGGGGGAGCGUGUAUGCUCUCGGAGUUGAUCCCGCCGGAUCGGUGCUGGCCGCAGGGACACCCGAACGAGUGGUCCGCCUCUGGGACCCCAGAGCAGGCGAUCAAAGCAUAGGCAAGCUGGUCGGUCACUCCGACUGUGUAAGAAGCAUCGUCAUGCUCACGGGGAGCUCGGAUACCACCAUCAAACUAUGGUCCUUGGCCGCUCAUCGAUGCCUUCACACCUUCAACCAUCACACUUCAUCCGUCUGGUCCCUCCACUCUGCCCACCCCAACCUCGAACGCUUCUACUCUGGUUCUCGUGACGGUCAUCUCUGCGUCGUCGACCUCGAGCGUUGCACCGACAUCUCAGAUUGUGAAUGUGUCGUCCUGGCUCGUGAAGGUGACACCCCUCUCCUUGGGCAUCACGAGAGCAAGAGCGGUGACGAAGGGAUUCGAGCUAUCGCAGCAAUGGACGACGAAUUUGUCUGGACCUCUACCGGUAGUGCCACUGUCAAACGUUGGAGAGAUGUAGGAAGAAGAGUGUCUCGAUUACAAUACGACGGAGUCAGUCAUCAUCCAUUUGAAGAUCCUACUCGAAUACCUCCAUCCCUCAAUGCUGGCUUAAACUUGUUACCUCCAACCCCAGUGUCAAAUCCUCCGGAAGGUGCAAUCCGAAACAAACGUCUAUCGCUUGACGGGACUGGCGAAGGACAGAGUUUGUUGUUUAGGACGGAAAGUAGAGAAUCUCGUACGGUCGCUUUCGCCCCUACACCAUCAUCACGAAAUGGACCAGUGGAUGGACGUUCUUCUCCUUCCAGAAAUACCGAUUCACCUGUUCCUAUCAAAGAUCGGCCCGUUGUUCCUCCGAAUAGGAUCACUGUGUCCGGCGCAUCAGUUGCAAAUUCAAUCAUGUCGGAUGUAUCAGUGGACAAUGAUACAGACACUUUAAAUGGUAUACCAUACAAAUCUUUAGUUUGUUUAGGUUUACCAGAUUCUCCAUAUUCAUUCGGUUUUUCACAGCAUCCUGCUAAAUCUGGCGUUUCUCUUCUUUCAGGACAUCAUCGUGAUAGACAUGAACAAGAAGAAGGAAGUCCCUAUCAUCAAAGUGCUCAAUUAGAAGUAUACCCUUCUAAAGCAAGGAUAGAAUUCGAAGAUCGAGAAGUUGCAUCUGAAGCUAUACCUCUUCGUUCAACUCCAGACGGUAUCAUUUCUGGACGUCCAGGUCUUAUCCGGUCGUUGUUAUUGAAUGAUCGUCAACAUGUUUUGUCCAUUGACACGGAAGGCGAAGUGGCAUGCUGGAAUAUCAUACGAGGUGUAUGUGUGGGAAGAUUCGCAGCUACGGACGUAGCGGAAGCUUUUGAUCUGGAAAGAGGUGUUAAAGCUGAUCGUAAACAUUCUCAAGAUGUAUUGGAAAUGGUCAAACAGAGAGUAGAAGGAAGUUUGGUUGUGCAUCUUGAAGAGGGAAGAGUUUUUGAUGCAGAGGUUUAUCUGGAUGAAUUAGGUAUGGGUGAUGUAGAUGGGGCUAAAGAGGAUACCAGGUUGAACUUGGGCAAAUGGACCCUUGCCAAUCUUUUCAGAGGUUUGAUCAUAGCUGAAGAACGUGAAAUCCGAGCAUCAAACUCGACCCCAUCCACCAAUCCACCAUCUAUCACUCGAUCCCCCGCUCCAACUUACAUCUCAAUCGAAAGACCCACUUCUCCUACUCCACAUAGAGGUAGAGCCAUGUCAUCUUCUUAUAUACCCGGUACACCAUCUCUCAACAUUCCUGGUCUCACAACUCCAGCUGUUACAGCUGCCAUUUUGCCCGAAUCGGAAGUAACCUUAUCAACCAGUGCACCUGCCGGAUGGAGUUCUUUCAGUAAUGCGAUGCGUGGACCAUUAACUGCGAUACCUCAAAGUCCUGCUUUAAAUCUGAACCAAAAUCAAAGUCAGAACCAAAAUCAAAAUCAAAACAGUCAAACCACUUCCAACCACCAAAAUAUCCAAACAUCUCAAAACGUUCUCCAGAACCAAACUCCCUCAGAAGGAUUACGUGGUGAUUAUUUCAGUAUAACUCGACGUUCAGAUCCAUCACCAAAUCGUACCGAAGAAAAACCUUCAACACCAUCCCCUCUCAUCCCCACUUUCCAACCUCUCGCUAACGAAAAAUCAACAGGAGAUAAAGAUAAAUCUUCAACUGUAGAUAAAACAUCAUCAGGAGAAAGUGGUAAAAAACUCAUGGGAAAAUUAAAAGGUUUCGGUAGGAAAAAGACUGAACCUAUAAUACCUACAACAACAAUAGAAGAAACUUCCGAUAUAAACCAACAAGACGAUCAACCAAAAAUGGAUGAAAGACAAUAUAAUCAAUUGAAUAUAUUAGAUCAAAUUCGUUCAUUACCUUUUUCACCGCCUUCUUCAUUAGAAGCUCCUUUGAUUGAUUUCCCACUCGAAACUCAAUUAUUAAUUUCUGAAGAAAGUAAAGAUGCCGGUGCUUGGGUCGUGACGUAUAGAAGUAGAGUUUGUAACACUGAAAAAGAUUUAGAAAUGUUAGAAAUGAAUAGUCCUGGUUGGUUAUUAGAUUAUUUGUUUACGGGUAGGAUCAAGUUGAAAGAACCUGUUAAAUUGACUUUUAUUCUGGAGCCUGUUAAAGAUGGAGGUGUUGGGGAGAUGCCAGAGGGCACUAAACGUCUUUCAGCUUCAAGAGUCUUACGUGCACGUAAAAUAUUAUCAUUCAUUUAUGAUAAACUUGAAAUUGGUUCUCGUGAUCGAUCAAGUUCUAUAGUUUCACUCAAUAGUCGUAUAAUACCACAACCACGUAAAUCUUCAAUCACCUCUCUCCCACCUUUUUCCAACCCGACAACUCGAACGAACCAUGAUGAAGAAUUCAGUUCGACAGGAGUAGGACCUGAAGAUAUUUUAGAAUUGUUAUGUGGGGAUGAAAAAGUUGAUCCAAAGAUGACUUUGGCAACUUUGAAACAUUAUUAUGGACAAGGAGGUGAUAUGGUUUUACAUUAUCGUUUGAAGAGAUGA